AUUUUAAAAACAGAGUGUCUCACUCACUCACGCAGUCACGCACCUAACUGUUCGUUCGUUCGUCCGUUCGGUUAUUCUGUGGCACUCCCAACGCACAUUUCUCCCUUCAAAAAAUUUAGGGAUCUAAAUCUAAGCUCUCUCAUUCACCAUGAAUCGCCACCAGGAUCCUAAUCCGUUCGAAGAAGAAGUUAAUCCUUUCUCGAAUGGUGCUGGUGCUCCUGGAUCAAAAUCACGUAUUCCACAAAUGUCAUCUGAACCAGUGGGCUUUGGCCAAAGACAUGAUGCCACAGUUGAUAUUCCUUUGGAUGUUACAACUGACUCUAAGAAAAAGGGACAAGAGCUAGCAGCUUGGGAAGCAGAUUUGAAAAGGAGAGAGAAGGAAAUAAAAAGAAGAGAAGAAGCUGUUGCUAAAGCUGGUGUGCCUGUUGAUGAUAAGAAUUGGCCUCCAUUUUUCCCAAUCAUUCACCAUGAUAUUGCCAAUGAGAUACCAGUUCAUGCUCAGAGGCUGCAAUAUUUGGCCUUUGCAAGUUGGUUAGGAAUUGUUCUAUGCCUAGUUUUUAAUGUAGUUGCUGUGAUUGUCUGUUGGAUCAGAGGCGGCGGCUCUAAAAUUUUUUUCCUUGCGGUUAUUUAUGCUCUUCUUGGGGUUCCACUUUCAUACGUGCUUUGGUACAGGCCCCUCUAUCGUGCUAUGAGUACGGAUAGUGCACUGAAGUUUGGUUGGUUUUUCUUGUUCUACUUGAUUCAUAUUGCAUUUUGCAUCUUUGCUGCAAUUGCGCCUCCUGUUGUUUUUCAUGGAAAAUCAUUAACGGGCAUUCUUGCAGCAAUCGAUGUUUUCUCAGACCAUGUAUUGGUUGGGAUAUUCUACUUGGUUGGAUUUGGUCUAUUUUGCUUGGAGGCUCUUCUAAGCUUGUGGGUGCUUCAGAAAAUAUACUUGUAUUUCCGGGGACAUAAGUGAUGUUGUUCUCAGGUUUUGAUCCAUCGGCAUUUAUGAUUCAGUCACCGGCCAUUGUGGCUUAGUAUAUUCUUUAUUUUUGCCUAUGCGCUUCCUUUUGCGUCACAAUAUCUAAUUUGUGAUAUUGUUCGAUGUUACUCUAGUGAUUGUAUGAAAGUUUAGGGUGUGUAAUUUGUAGUUUGUGAAGUCUAGUGUAUUUCCUCCAGUGAGAUAAGAAUUUGAUUUUGAUAAGCAUGUGUAGUAGAUUCCCAUUGUUAGUACUAGUUUAGUGGCAUUGUAUUGGUGAUACAGAUCCACCUAGACCCUAAAUUUGCUGAUCAUUCAGACAAAUUGUAUUCCAUUAUACUUAUUCAAUUACCGUCAUGGAAA